GUGCCCAGAAUUAAAAGCCGUGACUCAGUUGCUCUUCAUAGUGCUUUCCAUCUACUCUGAGCUUGCAUCUCCAGUAUGGCAGGUGACGAUGGAAGCAGAUUACGUCACGCUGCAGCAGUGUUAUUAGUCCUGUGCGCUUUGACCGAGAGUUUAACUUGUUUUAGCUUGAGCGGGCUGAGCAAAACAGUUAAGCAGGACGAGGUAGCUAGUGUGGCCUCAGGGAUGGAAGUAAAGCGAGGAAGUAGUCUCUUCAAUGGGAAAGAACUUAACUCCCAGUCUGCUGCCACAGGAAAUGAUGGACUGCUGCACAUUGACUCGGAUCAAUCAUAUGACACAGGGAUGUUGGAGCAGCCAUCCCAGCUGGGGGACAACAUGGCUGACGAAGCAGCAUGGAGGCGCUUGAAUUGUUCCCUGCACUGUGGGCAAAGCAAGAUGAAGUUGAGAGCCAUGGGACCCGGAGCUGCUGACCUCCAGCUAGACAUGGGCAACGCACAUCCCCUACCUUUGACCCAGGUGCCUGGAAGCUGUGACUAUUCAAUGCGGCAAAAUGCACUGGGCCUCGUUCUGGUUGUUCCCUAUGAUGGCUGCAAUGUGAUACAAGAGGAUGGGAAUUACGUGUUGCCAAUGAGUUGGUUGGGGACUCCAGUUAAAUUCACCUGUCCCAUGUUGAGAAGUUCUGCUCCAGCGCCUGCUUCGACCACCCCUAAGCCUGCUCAGCAGCCCUGGACACCUCCUUUCCCUCUCGGGCCGAAUCGUCACAAGCGUGAGGCGACCCAGCCCCUUUAUGUCUACGAUCCUAGCAGUGAUUAUUAUUCCUAUUUAUAUUACUGCUAUUACAUGAAUAUGAUGAUGAUGACGCCGGCACCAACUCCUGGUGCUGCUACAACUACUGCCAAGCCUGACGUGACCACCGUAACUACCAAGCCAUCUUUGGAGAAACCCCCUCCUGCAAAUCCGUACUAUUACCCUUACUACCCUUACCCUCAGUACCCCUACUACACCCUGCCAAAUAUCCCAGUGAAGACUGCCAAACCGACUACUACUGGACCUGUCACUAGUGGAAUGACUACUACAGCCAAGAUGACCACAGCAGAGCCGGCAGUAACCACCAAGACCCCUCAAAAAACACCCAAGCCUUAUUACCCAUUAUAUUAUCCCUUCUACCCUCCAGCAGGACAACAGAUGCCUGGAGACCCCAUUUACUACUACCAAUUUAUGCAGCACUUCUACGGAUGGCCUCAAUACCCACAAAAUCCAAGUAACCCCAUGCAAACUACUCCGCCUCCAACUCUCACAACUGUUAAGCCGGUUGACGCAGUUCCCACCGUUAAACCUACGUCCAAGCCAACAACUGUCUCUGCUCCUACGCCUACAACAACUACACCAUGUACCCAUACAACAAAACCCAGCAGCGGCAGCAACCCAUGCCCGGUGAGUCCAUAUGUUCCUUACUACCAGCUCCCCUUUGCUCCAUACCUCUCGUACAACAAGGCUGGCAAACUCCCAGUAGACCAGCAGUACAUGCCUCGAGCUGGCUACAAAUCUGGACUGGAGCCUCGAGCACACCCACAUCAAGGCUUCAACUACUGGCAACCUGUGCCCUGGUUUCCAGACUCAACGGGCAAAGACGAUCUUCAAUUUGACUAGAAUAAAUCUGCCUGAACAUGUAAUGCCAAAUGGGGUUGGUGUCCUGUGAUACUGAGCAUUCAAUAAACAUGUUUUUACUCGGCA